AUGCGCGCUCAGGGGGCGCAGCCGGCUCCCACCCCAUUCGGCAGGGCGCGCGGGGAAGUGUCGCCCUGGCAGGUGAUAGAGGUCGUAGACGGCUUGAAGACAGUGGACGCGAAGACCAAGCUAGAUUGCGACAUGGGAGGAGAGUUCGGGACCGCCCUGAACACGGAGGUGUUCCUGAAAGUGUGGGCGCGGGUCCUGGAGAUGGGCCGCUGGAAUUUCCACGACUGGACAGCCAAGGUGGACCCGGACUGCCCGUUCUCACCCGCACGGCUCCGAGGCAUCGUCGGCGGGCGCAACGUCGACGGCAGCGCGGUCUAUCUGAACAACUGCAAGUGGGGCCUGCACGGCCCGCUGGAGGUCUUCUCGAGGGCCGCGGUGGGCGCUUGGCAGUCAGGCCGUGAGCAGUGCACGGCCUACUUCCGGCAGCAGUGCGGGGGCGACUGCGCCUGGGGCGAGGACAUGUACAUCGACCAGUGCCUCGACAAGGUGCUGCACGUCAGGAGGGAGCUCGAGGACAGGCUCCUCCGCGAGGAGCACUGCGACCCCCCCGCGGGGUGGAGCUCCUGCGCCGAGCCGCAGGUCGUCGCUUUCCAUCCGUACAAGGGGCUCGAGGAGUACGAGGCGUGCAUGCAAAGCAUGGGCGGCUGA